GUUCAUCUGCAAAUGAUAUGCAGAUCAUUUAUUUUUUUGGUAAUCAUUUUUACGGAUCAAAGCCUCAAAUAUGUGUAGAAAUAAUCCUUGGAUAUUAUAGGAGGAAAAUUCAAAUAUAAGUUACUCAUUUCAAUAAGGACCCUCCUUCCAAGCCUUUCUUUCUGCCUGCUAUAUAUUCCACCAUUCACAGAAAGCUUCAAAAACUACAGAUCAAUUCUCUCAAUCUCAUUCUCUCUCCUUCUCUGUAUUUCUGUUAAUCUCUGGUAGUCCUAUGCUGCUUCAAAAUUGACAAGGCAUCUUCAAAGAUCAGAAGUUUCUUUAGUUUUCUAUGAACAAAGUGUAAUGAGAGUGAUAUAUUGUUUCUGAAGACAAGCCCCAUGGACAACAGACAAAGAAUAGACGAUGCAUACAAGAGAAAAUUAAAGAGAAACAAAGUUAAAAGUGUAGAAAAUCGUUUCCAUUUUUUUUCUGCAGGCAAGAGCAGAAAAUGCAAACUCAAUCCCUUAAAGAUUAUCCUGGCUAUCAUUAUACUUGUCUCCAUUGUGACAUUUCUUUUGUCUCCAACAAUUUGUCACAAAAACAGUAUAUCCCACACUGUUUCCCGGCCACGUUUUGUGAACAGGUGGAUGUGGGGAGGGUCAGAUCCUCGGUACAUAUCAAAUUUAGAGAUGAAUUGGGACGAAAUAUUGCGAGUUUUGAAGAAGUUACCUGAAAAUAACAAGAUUGGAGGAGUCGGUCUUCUUAAUUUUAAUGAGAAUGAAAUCAAUCGAUGGGAACAGUUUUUUCCCACUGCCAAUCACUCAAUUCUGCACCUGGACUAUGCUGAGAAAAAUGUGACUUGGGAGACCUUGUAUCCUGAAUGGAUUGAUGAAGAACAGGAAGAAGAAAUUCCCAGUUGCCCUUCUCUACCAAAGCUAGAAGUGCCAAGACAACGACUUGAUCUUAUUGCUGUGAAACUUCCUUGCCGAAAUGAAGGAAACUGGUCCAGGGAUAUAGCUCGGCUACACUUACAGAUAUCUGCUGCUACUUUAGCUGCCUCUUGCAAAGGCAAUUACCCAGUGCAUCUGCUUUUUGUUACAAAGUGCUUUCCAAUACCAAAUUUGUUUACUUGCAAGGACCUCGUUGCACAUGAAGGUAACACGUGGUUAUAUAAGCCAAACAUGAAUUCCCUGAGAGAAAAGCUUCAACUCCCAAUAGGAUCAUGUGAACUUGCACUUCCUCUUGGAGUCAAAGCAGAACAAGAUUACAGAGCAAAAAAGCAACGCGAGGCUUACGCUACAAUCCUGCAUUCAGCUCAUGUCUAUGUUUGCGGAGCCAUAGCUGCAGCACAGAGCAUCCGCAUGGCAGGGUCCACCAGGGAUUUCGUAAUUCUUGUUGACGAAACUAUUAGCGAAUACCACAGAAGUGGACUAGCAUUGGCAGGCUGGAAAAUCAGGACCAUCCAGAGAAUAAGAAAUCCUAAAGCUGAGAAAGAUGCUUACAACGAAUGGAACUACAGCAAGUUCAGAUUAUGGCAGCUGACCGAUUAUGAUAAGAUCAUUUUUAUUGAUGCUGAUUUGCUUAUCCUUAGAAAUAUUGACUUUUUGUUUGGGAUGCCAGAGAUCUCAGCAACAGGCAAUAAUGGCACCCUUUUCAACUCAGGAGUAAUGGUGAUUGAACCAUCCAAUUGCACGUUCCAGCUUUUGAUGGAUCAUAUAAAUGAAAUUGAAUCUUAUAAUGGUGGAGACCAGGGAUACUUGAAUGAAAUAUUUACAUGGUGGCAUCGGAUACCAAAGCAUAUGAACUUCCUGAAACAUUUUUGGUUUGGUGAUGAUGAUGUAGUAAAGCAGAAGAAAAUUCGUCUUUUCGAGGAAGAACCACCAGUUCUUUAUGUUCUUCACUAUUUGGGUUAUAAGCCAUGGUUGUGCUUUAGGGACUAUGAUUGUAACUGGAAUGUGGAUAUAUUACAAGAGUUUGCAAGUGAUGUUGCUCACAAGAGGUGGUGGAAUGUACACGAUUCAAUGCCAGAGAAAUUGCAAGAGUUUUGUCUGUUGAGAUCAAAGCAGAAAGCACAAUUGGAAUGGGACAGAAAAGAAGCUGAGAAAGGAAAUUACUCAGAUCGGCAUUGGGGAAUCAGAAUACAAGAUAGGCGUAUUAAGAAAUGCAUUGACCCGCCAUACUGCAGCUGGAAGGGAAUGUUAAAGCAUUGGGGGGAGAACAAUUGGACAGAUGAUGCAUUCCCCAUUUCCACACCACCAGCAAGAACUACAGCCUCUUUUAGUUUAUGAGUAGCAGUUUCUACUUGUCUCAGUGGGUUGAAAUUUUGCUCACAGUACAGUUUUAAAAUGUCUUCCUAUUAGCCUUCCAUUGUUUUCUUGUCUUCGAAUUACAUUUUUCCAGGAAAGAGCGAGUACAAGGAGGCUUUAGACAUUUAUAGCCUUAACAUAUCAGAUUUUAUUUUUAUUUUUAAUUUCCUGUAUCGUCAUAUUUACAGGAAAAAAUAUCCUUUGAAUUUUCUCUGUUACUUGUUAACUUAUUUUAUUUCAGCUCACUGAAUUUCUCCAA